AAUAUAGAUCGAUGCAUAUAUAUAUAUAUAUAUAUAUGCAAUCUCAUGCCCACUUAAUCCCUCCUUCUCCUCCUUUUCCUCCUAGCUAGCUCCUUCUCUCUCUCUCUCUCUCUCUCAUACAAUCAUAUAUAAGUUGGUUAAUUAGCUUUCCCUUCAACGUUAAUGGCAGCCAAACGGUUCUUGGAUGACUCGGGCACCGACCCGGAUCAUCCCAAUGGAAAAAGAAUCAAAACCUCACGCUCCCUUGCCUCUGUAAUUGGAGAGGUCGUCACCGGCAAUUUCUUGCAGAACUUCUGCUCAACCUUGGAGCCAAUGCUAAGACGAGUGGUGAAUGAAGAGGUGGAGAAUAGCCUGAGACGUGUCGGAGGAAGAUCGAAUAUAAGCCGGUCUCCGUCGCUGCGGAUUCAGGCGCCGGAGCCGACGACGUCCAGCCUGCAACUGAUAUUCAACAAGAAGCUUUCCCUUCCGAUCUUCACCGGCACCAAGAUUCUCGACGCCGACAACUCCCCUCUCGAAAUCCUUCUCUUCGACGUCGGACCCGAUCACCAGCUGAUUCGAACCUCCCUUGCCCGCCCCAUAAGAGUGGAGAUCGUGGUCUUAGAUGGCGACUUCCCGGCCGGCGAAUCGGACGCAUGGAGCAGCGCGGAGUUCGAGAAGAAUAUCGUGAAGGAAAGGACCGGGAAGCGGCCCUUGCUCACCGGCUGCGAUCAGGGGGUCACCAUGAGAGACGGGUUUGUUGCCGUAGGCGAGAUAGAGUUCACCGAUAAUUCGAGCUGGAUCCGCAGCAGGAAGUUCAAGCUCGGCGCCAGGGUGGCUCAAGGCUCUUGUCCAGGCGUUAGGAUUCGCGAAGCCAUGACUGAAUCUUUCGUUGUCAAAGAUCACCGUGGAGAAUUGUACAGAAAGCAUCACCCGCCCAACCUAGAAGACGAAGUGUGGAGGCUUGAGAAGAUCGGAAAAGAUGGCGCUUUCCACAAGAAGUUGGCCUCUGCCGGCGUCAAGACUGUGCAAGAUUUCCUCAAGAUGUCAGUUGUUGACCCCUCCAGUCUCAGAAAGAUUCUAGGCAUGGGAAUGUCCGACAAAAUGUGGGAAGUGACGGUAAAGCAUGCAAGAACCUGUGUUAUGGGCAACAAAUUGUACGUAUCUCAGGCCCCCGAUUACUCAAUCAUCUUGAAUCCAGUUUGCCAAAUCCUCAAAGCCACGAUCGGUGGCCAGCCGCCUCGAGCCAUCAAAGACUUGCAUCCCAUGGAAAGGGCGUGCGUGGAGCGUUUGGUGAGAGAAGCAUAUCAUAACUGGAACUGCCUGGAGGAAAUUGAAGUGCCUAUGAAUGAGACUCCAUUGCUAACCCAAGGUGAUGGAGUGGAGGAGCAUUAUCCCAACUGUUAUCAGCAGACUCUGAUGGGAUCAUAUCACCAAGAACAUGCAUUUCUAACCAAUGGAUCGAUGGGGCCUGGACCGGGACUGGGGUCGGCUUCUAGCAAUGAGUGGCUUCUGGUACAAACAGGAGUUGGUUAUAAUAUUUCAGAGUCUUCAUCUGACGGUGAAUUAAGAUGAGUGUUUCUCUUCUGUAACAUAUAAGUUGUGGCAUUGAACAAGAGAAAAAGAAAUUAGUCUCUUGUAUAAUUAUGCCUCUGUUUAAUAUGCAGCAGUAGUAGCAACAAGUACUCUACUAUGAGUUGUCAAAUGUUCUUAAUUAGAGCAGCAAAUUAACUAAGCUCUCUUAUCUGCUGUAACCUGUGAAAAUUUGAUGUUCUUAAUUAAUUAGCAUCUCUUCUAAGCA